GAAUAUUCAUGAGGUGGGCGAGGUCCUCUUACUCCUCCAUCUCCAUUGCGCUUGAGCGGAGCGGACAUGUUUACUUCUGCAAGCACGAGCCGAGCGCACGCGGCCACAGUAAUCAUCGUCAUCGCCCUGCAGCUCGCUCUGUGUGUGACACUCGCUCAGAUCAGUAUGGCCAACAAGAACGUUUUGCCCAGCAAAGAGCUCUCUCUGAAGGGCAGGGAGGAGAAAAUGGUCGUGGCAGCAAAGCAUGCCGCCAAUGGAAACCCCACAGUGGAGCCAUUUUCUGAUUGCAUGGAGAUGGUCAUGUUUGGUAUGGGCUGUUUCUGGGGAGCAGAGAGGCGUUUCUGGAAGAUUCCUGGAGUUUUCUCCACACAGGUGGGCUACGCUGGGGGAUUCACACCUAACCCCACCUACCAAGAGGUGUGCUCAGGAUUAACUGGACACACCGAGGUAGUGCGAGUGGUGUUCUCUCCUAAAGACAUCAACUUAGAGAAACUUCUGCGAGUCUUUUGGGAAAGCCAUGACCCCACUCAAGGAAUGGCUCAGGGGAAUGACCAUGGCACACAGUAUCGUUCUGCCAUCUACACAUACAGCGCAGAACAGCAAGAGCUAGCCAUGAGGAGCAAAAACAUAUAUCAGGAGGCCCUGACUAAGAAAGGUCUUGGUGCGAUCACAACAGAGGUCCGAGAGCACACAGGUUUUUACUAUGCUGAAGAUUAUCAUCAGCAGUACCUGCACAAGGUGCCUAAAGGAUACUGUGGGUUAAAGGGCACCGGUGUCACCUGCUCUAUUGGGGGAGAGAAAAAUGAACUCUGACUCAGGACAUGCAGACAUGAUUGUCUGCUGUUUUAAAAUAGAGAAGAGAUGUCUGUUGCUAUGUUUAGAAUGGAAUACUAGCUUAGAGCUUUCUGCAUAAUGUGUAUUAUACUCCUUGUUCUGUCAACCUUUUAAAAAGUAGCAUGCGUUAUACGAGAAUGAGAAAUGUUUCAAACAGUAGUAUGCUACAUUAUUGUGUUAAGAUGUGUUUUUUGUUUAAUUCAGCGAUUGGCAUCUAGUUAUCUCAGUAAAAAAGAUUGCUUUGUUUUUCCAGUUUUGUGUAAAAAUUUCUAAACUCCUGUCAUUCUGAUCAAAUAAUUAAAAGAGGCAAAAAAUUAUAGCUUUUUUAUUCAUUACAUGAAAUGAAGGGUUAAGUCAAGUUCAUUGUAUUGUGGCAUACGCACAUGCAGUGUGCUUUGGGUGUAUACUGCAAAUGUACUACUAAGUAGGUCACCUGGUCAUGCUGUAUAUACAGAAUAUUUGCAUACUGUGCUCAGCGUACAUACUGCAGGCAGCCAAAUAGAGUAGUAUGAUUCUGAAAAUGGCCCGUUUGUGUCUCUCUUGUUUCCCUUUGAAGCAAUAAAAACAUUUUGUAAUCCAUGUGAAUUAUUAUACAUAGCUGAGAGUACUUGUGUUGCAUUUAUUAAAGUAAGACACUUCAGUGAGUGUAUUUU